AUGUUUUAUGUCAUGUCUACCGGUACAUACAUCGGCGCUGGUGGGAGAACACACGUUUACUUGUGGCACUACGGGGACAAUGAGUACCGCACCUGGACUGUUACAACGGCCAGCAGCCGGCGGAUUCGCAUCAGCUUCUCAAGUUUCGACACCGAGUCGUGCUGCGACCAUCUGCGGAUUGUCGACACCUCAACUAGUCAAGAGUGGAGUUUCAGCGGGUCUUCUCGUCCAGGCGAUGUGGUGUCUACAGGAAGCAACCUUCAACUAUCCUUCAGCUCAGAUGGCAGCGUGACAGAGAGAGGGUUUAGUCUCUGGGCUAGCAGCAUCCCAAAACCAACACCCCCAGUGACGUCGUCUCUUUCCCUGCGAGAUUCAAGUGGAACCAGACUGUUGGGUGUGGUCACCGUACUGGAGGGGGCGCCCUUCACGUUCACGUGUGACGUCCAGGACACCAGUCCUGCGGCAAAAAUCCGCUGGUACCUUGAUGGCGCCCUGAGUGAAACUGCUUACGCACCCAGCAGAGGGGAGUACAGCUUGGUGGACACCAGUGACACUUGGACACUCACACCCAGCCGAGCCAAUCAGGGUCAAGAGGUGAAGUGCGUUGCCAGCAACACGGUGUCACAGGAACCAUAUCCAUACGUGAGGACCACGCUUGACGUCGAUGUACUACCAAGCACCAUUGAGCUGUGGGAUGCGAAUGAGAACUCAACUACCAACAAUACAACAUAUUACUUGGUGGCCGGAGUAGAGCAUCAGUUCACUUGCGUGGUUCCCGGCAUCAAGCCAGGCGCAGACUUCAACUGGACCCUUGGCGGCAUGGAUCUCACAGAGGACAGCAGCAACGAUACUUCCGAUGGUGACGGGCUCAUUACAAGCAUCAGUGUUAUUACCCUUACCCCUUCUUGGGCCUACCAGGGGAAAAACCUGCGGUGCUUGGCCUCAAACUACGAAAGUUUCCCCGGUGUUAGCGUUAGCUCGACCAUAGAUGUAAAAGUCCUGCCAACGCAAUCGUCCCUGUCAAUCUACGAUCCCGAGGGAACCAGACUCGGCCAAACCGCAGCUGUUGACCAAGGCAAACCAUAUAACUUCACCUGCGAGGUGCAGGGAACCAGACCGGCCGCAACCACCAUGUGGUUCAUUGGUGACGCUUUGCAAAGGACCUUCAUUCCUCCCUCCGGUAUAGGCGAUGAUUUAGUGGAUACUUCAGACAGUUGGACAUUCGCUCCUAACAGAUCAAUACACGGUCAGCAGUUGAGGUGCAUGGCAGGGACACCCGAGUCGCAGGAGCCACUGCCAUUUGUGACCACUGCACUCAAUGUCAACGUUCUACCAACGGUUAUAUCUCUGUACGACUGGGCUGGGAACACCUCCUUCGUCAACGGGACCUCGUAUCUGAUCGCUGGAGUGGAGCAUGAAUUCACAUGUGAGGUUCCGGGCAUCGACCCAGCAGCAUCUAUGACAUGGACCUUGGGGAGUCAGGGCAUCACAUCAAAUGUCACCAAAGACAUCGUGGGAUCUGACGGACUGACCAACAGCAGCAGCACCGUCACGGUGUCUCCUACUUGGAACAACCAGGGAGAGAUACUGCAAUGUCAUGCUUUCAACAAGCCUGGCUACCCUGGUUUGAACGUCAGCGUGACCCUUGAUGUCAAAGUGCCUCCACAAGAAUCGUCUGUUUUUCUCCUGGACCUUGAUGGAUUCCUACUAGGAACCUCAGUGGAUGUCGAUGAAGGCAGCCCAGAAACUUUCACGUGCGUGGUACAGGACACUAGACCAGCAGCGACUAUUGAGUGGUUCCUGAACGGGGUCCUCGAGAGUACAGUCAGCCCUGCAGAAGGCCGAAGCAACGGCCUUGUCAACACUACUGGGACCUGGACGUUGACUCCGGAAACAAAGCACCACCGGCAAGUUGUGAUGUGUGCGGCUAGUACAGCAGAGGCAUCUCGCCCAUUCCCGUUUGUGACCGUUUCCCUCAAUGUUAAAGUUCUCCCAAAAGAGAUUUUCUUGUUUGACUCAAGAGGAACCUACUCGUCUAAUGACACUGCGUACUUGAUCGAAGGAGUGGAUCAUCGGUUCACUUGCGUGGUGCCUGACAUCAACCCAAGAGCAUCGUUCACAUGGACUGUGGCCAAUCAAGAGUUUAGUAACAGCAGUGAAGUCACGAGCAACAGCGGUUUCCUCACCAGUGCCAGCCACGUCAGAAUGGCGCCCUCAUGGGCUGACCAUGGACAGGAAUUGCUUUGCCGUGCCACUAACAGGGAAGGUCAUGUGGGCAUCAGCACUGGCGUGGUGCUGGACAUAAAGGUACCACCUCGAUCUUCUUCUAUCUCGUUAUACGAUGCCAGUGGGACCAGUCUGGUGAAUACUUUUGUUGUUGACCAGGGAUCGCCUAGCAGUCUUCGAUGUGAAGUACAGGGUACCAGACCAGCUGUUGCCAUUGGGUGGUUCUUGAAUGGCAACCUGCAAAGAACAGCUGAUCCACAUUUCGGGAAGGACAUUGGAUUGGUCAAUACCUCAGACACGUGGUCAUUCACGCCCAGCAGAGCCAAUCACGGCCAGGAGGUGAGGUGCGUGGCUAGCACCGCCGAGUCACAGGAACCGUUGCCAUCCAAGGCACUUAACCUAGAGGUCAAUGGUCCACCCGAUCUUCCUUGGAUCAUUGGUAACACGACAAUGACAGAAGGCGUUACAACUACUCUGACGUGUUAUGCCGACAUGGGUUUUCCUGACGACUGGCUGUUGUACUGGUCAUUCGGCGACGUGUACGACAUAGCCAACCUCACAACUGUACCGUCAGCUUCGGAUGAUCGCUUUAUGUUCACUAGCGCCCUCAACGUCACACCAACGAGAGAUGACAACGGGAAGACAAUCACCUGCACUGCACGGAAGGAUUCUUGGACAGUUCAUCCUACCACAACGUAUGGUCCUAUCAAUGUACACUUUUGUCCGCGAUGGGUAAGCAUCACCAACUGUCCACUCAAAGCCAUACCAGACAGCAUGGUAUCAUUCAGGUGCGUGUCCGAGAGCAGCAACCCAAUAACAAACCUGACCUGGUUGAGAAACGGCCGGCGCAAAACAAACCCUGCUCCGCCAGCACUCCCGAAAGGAGACUAUGGCGGUCACGUGACCACGGAGGACUUUACAACAGCUGUGCUGACCAAAGAGGACAAUGGGGCAUUGUUCACUUGCUGCACGGCUAAAACGACAGCCUGCCCCGCCGACGUGUGCGACAGCUGUUCACUCAAUGUUGAAUAUCGACCAUACUUUUCCGAGCCGAAGGCAACCACGCCCAGUCCUGUGAGAGAGGGCGGUGACGUCAUCCUGUCCUGCGGCGCAGACGCGAAUCCCAUGCCCCCUGGCUUCAUCACGUGGGAGAAGGUCGGGUCUCCCGACUCCCUCCCCUCCGUCUACAGCGAUGGUACCAGCAACCUGACACUAAGCAGCAUCAGCAGGGAGCAGGCUGGGCCGUACAGAUGCCGCGGAGACAAUGGUGUACCACCCGUAGUGUUCUCGAAUCCAAUCGACAUUGCCGUUUACUAUGAGGUAAACAUCACAAAUAAGGCAGACACCUAUGUUGGGGCUGCGGACGGUGAGGGGGCCGUUCUUCUUUGCACAGCAAAGGGCAAUCCACUGCCUUUAACCGUCUGGUUAGACCCAACUAACGAAGAGAUCAACAAUGACACAGACGCAGGAAGAAUCAUUCAAGCCGUCACAAGCAAUGGAGGAGAUGACAUAUAUGGCUACUCUGUUACGAGCAUCCUGGAAAUCAAAAGAGUGACUGCGGAAGGAGACUAUGGUUACUACACAUGCUACAGCGGAAACGGUGUAGGACGCGUAGACAUGUUGCAUAUCCAUUUGAACAUUAAAGUGGUGCCAUCGUCGCCCUACGAUGUGUCGAUAGACGAGGAACGAAUCACCGCCGAUUCGGUCACUAUUACGUGGCGCCCUGGGGCCGAGGUUGGGACGCCUCAAUGGUUCUACGUCAACUACCGGGAGCUUGGAAAAGCAACGGACUUCGACCCCAGCACAAGAAGCCAGAGACUACAGGGAUCCAACGAGUACACGGUGGAGGGCUUGCGUCCUUACGCAAUGUACGAGGUUGAGGUAUACGCUGAGAAUGCCCAUGGAAGAAGCGAGGCCGUUAAGACAGUUGUCAAGACAUUGCAUUGUCCUGUAUUUACCGACCCAACGUCACUUACGACGAAUCCCGUGGAUGAAGGAGAUGACAUCACACUGUCCUGCAGCGCCGACGCCAAUCCCAUGCCCACUGACUUCAUCACGUGGGAGAAGGUCGGGUCGCCUGACUCCCUCCCCUCCGUCUACAGCGAUGGAACCAGCAACCUGACACUAAGCAGCGUCAACAGGAAGCAGGCUGGGCCGUACAGGUGCCGGGGAAAUAAUGGUGUACCACCUGUUAUCUUUUCAAGAUCCAUUGAUGUCAUCGUUCUCUAUGAAGCCGCCAUAACAAGCCAAGCUGAUAACUGCGUCGAAGCCGAUGACGGUGAGGCCGCUAUUCUGACCUGUACGGUCAAAGGUAACCCCCAUCCUUUAAUCAGAUGGUUGAGUCCAACCCGCACUAGGAUGACUAAUCAUACUGAGCCAGGUAGGAUAACCCAGGUCGAUACCAUUAGCGGCGGGGAUGUUGUCUAUGGAUACACGGUGACAAGCACUUUGCACAUCAAAAACGUGACCGGUAUUGGAGACUACGGCUUUUACGUCUGUACCUGUGGAAAUGGCGUUGGGAGGGUGGACGCGUUGUCCAUUCAGCUGACUUCGAGAGUUUUACCAGCUGCACCGAUGAACGUCUCCAUCGAAGAAGCUAUGAACACGGCCACGACCAUCACAGUGUCAUGGACACCUCGGAACGAGGCUGCACCAAACAUCUGGUUCCAUGUCAAUUACAGAGAGCUUGCAACGACUGACGACUUCGAUCCCAACACGCGCAGCGACAGACUCCAUGGCGUCACUUCAUUCACUCUGAUGGGACUGCGUCCUUACUCCGUGUACGAGGUUGAGGUUUAUGCAGCAAAUGGCAAUGGCGUGAGUGAAGCUGUGACGAUCAUCGGCACGACUGCGCUAUGUACAAGGAUGGUGAGCAUCACCGGUUGCCCGUACAGAAUCGUAUCAGGCGGUAGUGUGUCCUUGAGCUGUGUAUCCGAGAGCACGAACCCGGCCACCAAUCUGACUUGGCUGAGAGACAAUGUUGAGCAAACUGGUCAUCCAGGGCUAAUGAUUACUGAUGGCGACUACGGUGGCCGAAUGACGACACUGGGCUUCACGACAGGCGCACUCACCAGAACAGACAACGGGGGUGAAUACAAGUGCUGUGCCGUUAGACCAUCGGUCUGCACCGCAGAUGUGUGUGACACGUGUUCACUGAAUGUUGAGUAUCGUCCCUUCUUUUCGGAGCCGAUGGUUCUCACACCCGGUCCAGUCGAGGAGGGAGAUGACGUCAUCCUGUCCUGCAGCGCAGACGCCAAUCCCAUGCCCGCUGAUUUCAUCACGUGGGAGAAGGUCGGAUCUCCUGACUCCCUUGCCUCUGUUUACAGCGAUGGUACGAGCACUCUGACACUAAGGAGCAUCACAAAGGAGCAGACUGGGUCAUACAGGUGUCGUGGAAACAACGGUAUACCACCCGUUGUAUUUUCAACGCCAGUCGACAUCAUCGUGCAUUUUGGAGUUACCAUAACAAACCCAGAAAACAACUACGCCGAAGCCAACGUUGGGGAGAGAGCCACUCUAGUAUGCACGGCCGAAGGCAACCCCUACCCAAUGACGACAUGGUUGGGUCCGACUGGCACCAGAAUAACCAACCAGAGCCAUCCUGGAAGGAUCACACUGGUGGAGACCAUUCACGGCAGAGGUGGCGUAGAGGGGUACACAGUGACGAACACCUUGCAAAUCAAUACAGUGUCUGGAGCAGAAGACUACGGCUAUUACGUGUGUGACUGUGGUAACGGCAUCGGAAUGGUGGACACCCUGACAAUUUUGCUGAAUAGCAGAGCUGAAGUUGACAACACAACGCCGGAGCUGAACGCUGAAACCUCAGUCGCCUAUGGCGUCAUGAUAACGAGCAAGUCUCAAGCUGAAGUUGACAACACAACGCCGGAGCUGAACGCUGAAACCUCAGUCGCCUAUUACGUCAUGAGAACGAGCAAGUCUCAAGCUGAAGUUGACAACACAACGCCGGAGCUGAACGCUGAAACCUCAGUCGCCUAUGGCGUCAUGAUAACGAGCAAGUCUCAAGCUGAAGUUGACAACACAACGCCGGAGCUGAACGCUGAAACCUCAGUCGCCUAUGACGUCAUGAGAACGAGCAAGUCUCAAGCUGAAGUUGACAACACAACGCCGGAGCUGAACGCUGAAACCUCAGUCGCCUAUGUCGUCAUGAUAACGAGCAAGUCUCAAGUUGACAACACAACGCCGGAGCUGAACGCUGAAACCUCAGCCGCUUAUGACGUCAUGAGAACGAGCAAGUCUCAAGCUGUGCUCGGUAACGCAACUCCACAACCCUUGAUUGAAAUCACAAGUGCCACUAGCGACGUCAUCAAGGAAACUAGUACGACACUACCUGAAGUUGACAACACAACGCCGGAGCCGAACGAUGAAACCCCAGCCGACUAUGACGUCAUGAGCAAGUCUCAAGGCCAGCACGAAGCUGAGAGGCGGGCUUAUGUGGUUGUUGAAAAAGGAUAUUCUCUGCUAGUUGCAGGCAUAAUUGUCGUGUCGAUUGUUGCAUUUAUCUGCAUUGUGGUUAUCGUAGCUGGAUUUGUGUAUCACCGACGAUCUACCGCCAACAGCCUAGAAAUUGCCGGCCACAAGACGAAGCUCACACGCGCUUCCAUCAAGUACGAUGAGGAAAGUGACGUCGUGAUGGAAAAGGCAGAAAACCUAGACAUUCCGCUACAGGUUCUGACUUCUGACCCCGGAGAGGCAACUCGUGAACACGGAUCUACCAGUAACUGAAACAAUACACUAAUUGGCUGCGUGAGCACCGACUUACAAAUAGACAAAAGGGCCAGGGUAAUUAAACAACUGGAGAACUAAUGAGCAAACAAACUAAGAACAAAUUCAUUGGAAAAUGGGUUGAGCCGACAGAACGUCACAAUAGAUAUCCUACACGUUACACAAAAACAAAAAUUGUGAUAAAGGAAAAUGAUAGUUCAGACACCGAUUUGAUGAUUUAAUUAAAAAGCAUAAUUUUAUUCGGAAUGCAUGCUGAAAUUACUCUAUGCAUAUGUAACAUUUAGAGUUAUUAAUGUUCGUAUAGGCUACAGUGUCUAAGAAUAUCUUUUUGUAUGAAAUCGCUGCAUAUGGCCUCUUUUGUCAAAACAAAAGUAGUAUCAUAUAAUACUAUGUAUGCUUUAUAGAAGUUGAUGAAAUUUCAAGCUACUGGAGAUAUAAUGAGCACAUAAUAAUAAUUUGAAACAAAAUUUCAGCAGAAAGUACUUGACAAUAGAUUUUUACUUAAAACUUUCAAUAUUUUUCCUCACCUGUUGUGAUUUAAAUUGAUUUAACAUUUAGUAUUAAUCGUAGAAAUAUUAAAUGAAUUGUAUUUUAUCUGAUAAGAUCUUAAGUAAAAGUAUCUACACAGACUGCAUGAAGGAAUUACUCAGUAAUCACUAUAACGAUACAUUACAAAAUCUAGAAUUAUUAAUGUUCGCUAAUAAGAAAUAUCUUUUUAGUAUUAAUUUCACUGCAGGGUCUAUUCGCCCAAAAAUGGCAACAUAUAACACUAUGUAUGUUUUACAGAGAUUGAUGAAUUUUCAAGCUACUGGAGACAUUAUGAGCAGAUAUGAACUCAUUAAAUUGGGAGGUUUAGCCGGUAGAACGAAGCAACGUGAAUAUUCUAUAUCAACUUGUAAUCCCUUUUUCCUAAUCUAUAGUGCUUAGUAUUGAACUAUUAUUUUAAUUCUACAAGUACUUUAGUCAUAGAAAUAGAUAGUCAAGACACUAUUUUGAUAAUUUAAGUAAAAUGUAUGUACUCGGAAUGCAUGUUAAAAGAAUUAAUGAGUAAUUACUCUGAAUGUUUAAUAUAGAGAUAAGUGUAUUGGCAACAUUUAAAGGCAAUAUACAACAUUUGCUAACAUAAAAAAAAAAGUAACACAUUAUUAUUAAAUACCUUACUACACUGUAAGUUCAUAAUAGUCUUAAGCAUCCUGCGAAAUCAUGGCACCUGGUACGCUGUCAUUUUCAAGAAAAGUGAAUGUUUUGUAUCAAUUUCCAACGAUGGUCGGCUGAUCAUCGUUGGGAAACACUGACUUUUUGAUUAAUACCGUCUCCCAAUUUAAUUGUGUUAGUUCGCAUUUUGCUUGAAAUCGGUUACACAUACGUGAAUAGGUGCUAGCCUUCUAGUCUGGUUCCCUGACAUGACAACCUAUAAACUGCUCUGUUUCGUCUGAAGUAGGGUCAAGAAGGCCGACGACAAGAACAACACUUUUUUUUUCUUGGUUUUCUGUAAACAUGUCCGUGUGUAUCAACAUUUGCUAAACCCCAAAUUCUAUCCACUUCUGGAAAUUACAGCAAAAGCAAAUGUUGUAGAUUCCCUUAAUCACUAUGAGGCUGAUUUUCAAGCUAGUGUGGACAAUGCGUAGGGAUUAGUAUUGAAUUAUCAUAAUGAUUCUCGAAGUAUUUUCAAUAAUGGAAAUUGACCACCGAAUAGCAAUAUCAAACUACACUCGGAAUGUAUGCUAAAAUUACUUAAUAUAUGCACUCUGAGCCUAUAGUAGAUGUUUCAUGCUUUCAAAAACUACAUCCUAACCCUGAUCGGGCUUCCUGACUUUAAAAUAGCUUGCUGACACCUGUUGUGUUAAUAGUUGUCUUUCAAAGAAUAUGACUCUUGUGUCAGCGUCCCAUUAUUUUUCAGAGUCCAGAAUUAUAAAACAAAUGAUACAUUUUGAGUACAUUAUUUUACAUGAGGGAGAUACUGGUGGUUAUUAAGACAUUUCUCACUAAUUCUUACGUACUAUUUCCAGAAUUGUCUAGUGUCUUAGGUGGCUUAAAACGAUUCCUUAUGUAAAGAGUAAUGUUAGUAAAGAGUUUGGCGAGGAGAUAUUUACAGAUGAGGUUAUUGGAAGGUUUUGCAUAUGAAAAGGUCUAUUUGAAUGUCCCCCUAUUAUCAUAUAAUGAUAUGUUUGUGUAUCUUGCAUGACCCAAUUAGCCAAAAAUCAUGUUAACGAAUUUUCAUCUAGCGAUUAUGAAUCAAUCAUUGUAGAUUAAUAAACAUAGCGCAUCAAUAGAAUCUUUUUGUGUGCUGCAAAGUGUA